UUGAUAAAAAAAAUUUCCUCUCUCCCCCACCAUCCCUCUUCCCAUCCCUCCCUCAAAAUCACAUCUAAAAUUUCAUAAUGGCCGAUUCUGAGGUUUACGACGGUGCCGUCGGCAUCGAUCUUGGCACUACCUACUCUUGUGUUGCCAACUACGAGGGCACCAAUGUCGAGAUCAUUGCCAACGACCAGGGUAGCUACACUACCCCCUCCUUCGUCUCUUUCACCGACAAGGAGCGUCUGAUUGGCGAUGCCGCCAAGAACCAGGCCGCCAUGAACCCUGCCAACACCGUCUUCGAUAUCAAGCGUCUGAUCGGUCGCCGCUACGAGGACCCUAUCGUCAAGAAGGAUGUUGAGUCCUGGCCCUUCAAGGUCAUCGACCAGGGUGGCAACCCCGUUGUCCAGGUUGAGUACCUUAACGAGACCAAGGUCUUCUCUCCCCAGGAGAUCUCCUCCAUGGUCCUCAUGAAGAUGAAAGAGGUCGCUGAGAUCAAGCUCGGCAAGAAGGUUGAGAAGGCUGUCAUCACCGUGCCCGCUUACUUCAACGACAACCAGCGUCAGGCCACCAAGGAUGCCGGUGCCAUCGCUGGCCUGAACGUUCUCCGUAUUAUUAACGAGCCUACUGCUGCCGCUAUCGCCUACGGUCUCGGCGCCGGCAAGUCUGAGAAGGAGCGAAACGUCCUCAUCUACGAUCUCGGUGGUGGUACCUUCGAUGUGUCCCUGCUGAACAUCCAGGGUGGUGUCUUCACUGUCAAGGCCACCGCUGGUGACACUCACCUUGGUGGUCAGGAUUUCGACACCAACCUCCUUGAGCACUUCAAGAAGGAGUUCCAGCGUAAGACUGGCAAGGAUCUCUCCGGUGAUGCUCGUGCUCUCCGUCGUCUCCGCACUGCUUGCGAGCGUGCUAAGCGUACCCUGUCCAACGCUACCCAGACCACCGUCGAGAUUGACUCUCUCUUCGACGGUGAGGACCUCAACUCCUCCAUCACCCGUGCCCGUUUCGAGGACCUUAACGCCAAGGCUUUCUCUGGCACCCUCGACCCCGUCCAGCAGGUCCUCAAGGACUCAGGCAUCCCUAAGAACAAGGUCGACGAGAUCGUCCUUGUUGGUGGCUCCACCCGUAUUCCUCGUAUCCAGAAGCUCCUGAGCGACUUCUUCGAUGGCAAGAAGCUCGAGAAGAGCAUCAACCCCGAUGAGGCUGUUGCCUACGGUGCUGCCGUUCAGGCCGGUAUCCUCUCCGGCAAGGCCACCUCUGCUGAGACAGCUGACCUGCUCCUUCUUGACGUUGUUCCUCUUUCCCUUGGUGUUGCCAUGGAGGGCAACAUCUUCGCCCCCGUUGUUAACCGUGGCCAGACCGUCCCUACUAUCAAGAAGCGCACCUUCACCACUGUUGUUGACAACCAGAGCACUGUCCAGUUCCCCGUCUACCAGGGUGAGCGUACCAACUGUGCUGACAACACCUCCCUGGGAGAGUUCACUCUUGCUCCCCUUCCUCCCAUGCGCGCCGGUGAGGCCGCUCUCGAGUGUGUCUUCGAGGUGGACGUCAACGGUAUCCUGAAGGUCACCGCCACUGAGAAGACCUCCGGCCGCACUGCCAACAUCACCAUCUCCAACGCUGUUGGCAAGCUUUCCAGCGCUGAGAUCGACCAGAUGGUUGACGAUGCUGCCAAGUUCAAGACCAGCGACGAGGCUUUCACCAAGCGCUUCGAGUCUCGCCAGCAGCUUGAGUCUUACAUCUCCCGUGUCGAGGAGAUUGUUUCCGACCCUGGCAUGUCCAUGAAGCUCAAGCGCGGCAACAAGGAGCGCAUUGAGUCCGCUCUCAGCGACGCCAUGGCCCAGCUCGAGGUUGAGGACUCCACCCCCGAGGACCUCAAGAAGAAGGAGCUUGCUCUCAAGCGUCUGAUCACCAAGGCCAUGUCCACACGGUAA